CCCUGUUUGUUGGUAUCCACAGAAUGGGAGGCAUUGGUAAGACAACUAUUGCUAAAACCAUCUAUAACCAGCUCUUGAAUCAAUUUGAGUAUCGUAGCUUCAUUGCUGAUAUUAGGGAGAAAUAUAAGAAUGGCGUUGAGCGCUUGCAUGAUCAGUUGAUCCAUGAUAUACUGAAGGAAGAAAAUCUAGUUCGUAAUAGGGAUGAAGGGAUUAAGCUCGUCUCAUCCCGCUUUAAAGAUAAGAAAGUGCUGAUUCUCCUCGAUGACGUGGAUGCUGAUUCUCACUUGGAGGAUUUGGCCGGAAAGCGUGAUUGGUUUUCUUCGGGAAGUGUGAUCAUUAUUACCACGAGAGACGAGAGUAUUCUUGACAAAGCACGUGUGGACUAUAAACAUGACCACCAGGUUUUGGAUGAGGAUAGUUCUUUGAUUCUGUUUAGUAGACAUGCGUUUCGAAAUGACGCUUCUCCAAGUGAAUUUCAGAAACUCACCGAUGAAGUUGUGUCCACCACCGGAAGGCUUCCCUUAUCUCUUAAAGUUUUAGGUUCAUUUUUGUGCGAUAAACCGCGAGGAGUAUGGGAAGAUACGAUAAAACAGUUAAGAAAUGUCCCAGAUAAGGAAGUGCAAAAAAGGUUAAAGAUCGAUUCUGACGCAUUAGAGGAGGGACAGAAAUAGAUAUUUUUGGAUAUCGCUUGUUUUUUCAUUGACAACGACCUGAGAAUCGCAUCCUACAUGUGGGAUGCUUGCGACUUUUACCCAAAGAAGGGAAUUGAAGUACUAAAAUUAAGGUCGCUAAUUAAAGUUGGAGAGGAUUAUAAGCUCGGAAUGCAUGACCAAUUGCGAGAUUUUGGUCUAGAAAUCGUCCGCCAAGAAGAUGAGAGGGAGCCUCGAAAUCACAGCAGGUUACGGGACUCGAAGGAAGUCAUGAAAGUGCUAGAGGAAGAUGAGGGAACAAAAGAGAUUGAGGCCAUUU